AUGAAAUUUGCUUCAGAAAAUUCACAGCUCCCAGUUCCCCAGGUCCAUCGAACUUGCACAGUUGAAAUCCCAAAUGAUGGCUACGAGUUCGACGCACCCUCAUCAUAUCUUGAUUUGAUUGUAAUGGACUACAUCAAAGGAUCCACUGUUGAAAAACUCUGGCCAUCCUUCGACAUGACCGCCAAAGAAACCGUGGCACAGCAGGUCGCGGACGUCAUCAACAAGAUGCAAUCUACCGUCCUCAAUCAUAUGCCCGUGGGGCCUAUUGGUAGGGCUCAGGAUGGCAAAUUCGAAGGUCCAUGGUUCACAGGCUACGGCGCAGGGCCUUUUGACACGCUCAAAGAACUUGAGGACUGGUGCAAUCACAACAUCGAUGUCGGCAUCAGGGUCAAACGAUUAUUCACCGAGACGCCGAGGUUUGAGUUUCGAGAUAUGGUUCUUACCCACCAAGAUCUGGCGAUGAGAAAUCUGGUCGUCGAUGAGGAUAUGAAGGUUUGGGUAAUCAACUGGAGCAGCGCUGGUAUAUACCCGAAGGAAUUUGAACAAGCCGCCUUGCGGCUUCAGGCGGAGGAUAAUGAGUAUGUUGAUAUGGUGUUGGGGAGGCUCUCUGAUCGACAAGGUAUUGUGAUUGAUCAGUUUACUAAGAUCGCAUAUGGGCUUAGAAUUGGGCGUAUUCGGUCAACUGGGCAUCCUUAA